CGCAUGUGGCCACAGGAGCUUUGGGGAUACAACCAACACUCCAGAAGGCAGAAGGGAAUACCUUCUCGCAUUACAUAUAGGCAUGUCUGAAAAACGCAAGGCCCCUUCCACAGAAUCGAGCAGUUCUCCCUACGCUAAAAGGGCCCGUCCUACCGACCCGAACGAUGAUUCCUCGCCCGCAACCCCAAUAACUCCAACCACGACACGUCCCCAACCCAGGAAUGACCCCGUCUACGGGCAGAAGCACGCAUUUCCGGGACUAGACGAUCCUGUAGAUGAGGAUCAAUUAUUCUAUGGGCCUGCGGAGGAUGGUAUCGAGUAUCUGCGUAUGGUCCGAUCUGAAGCACGAACAUUGCCAGCGAUAUUUGUCUCCAGAACUGUCCUUCAACAAAGGGACAACACAAGAGUCCCUGUCACUGACGCCAGAGACCAAAUCAAUGACUAUGGUGCUGUCCUCGACGUAGAAGCAAACACCGGCCACACCGGCUUUUACUCCGACGGAGUCUACGUCGCGUAUUCCUCCACUCCAAACCUUCAAACCAGCGCAGCAUCCCACACAAGCUCCUCCGAUCCACAAGAAAUAUAUUACAGCCUACUUCACCACCGCUUCCUCCUCCUCCGCUCAACCCUAAAAUGCACACCACCAGCCUCCGUGAUCGCUUCUUUAGGCCCGCAACGGCCCAUCACUUUCCCCCGGUCCAACAAGCGCGCUAGGGCGGAAUGGGAGCAAAUUAUACAGACGAUGGAUCCGCGCAUGGCGCAGUUGGCGUGCAUGGAUAUGGAGAGUGUUCUCAGGCUUCUUGCCAUUGUGACACGCUUGUUAUCUAAGACAGUUAGGGGCGGCGAAAGCGCACAGGUGAAGAGGCUCGGUGCGUGGGCAUGGGGUCUUUUGGGCCGCUGUAGAGCUGUGGGGGAGAUGGGGAGCGAGGAGGUCGGGGAUAUUAGGGAGCUGGGGAAGAGGGCUGCUAGGAUUUUGGUGAAGGUUCGGGAGAGUGAAGCGGUAGACGUUCAGGGUAUGGAGGGUGGGGAGGGAGGAGAAGGGGAAGAAGAAGAAGCUGAAGAAACUGAAGGAGAGCAAGAGGAGCCGGGAUAUGGUGCCAGGGAAAACAUUAAUGAGAAUGGGGAUGUGGAUGCGGGUGAGAACCAAGUGGAUGAAUUGAAUAUUACGGACGAUGUUGUUAGUACUAGUGGGGCCAACACGGAACAUGUAACAGCACACGGAGAAGCAGAUGGAGAAAUUAUACCACCCACUAACGGCGUGCAUGUCCAGGACGAGCUCGAAGCAGCCAAAGCGCGCCUCCAGGCAAGACUACACCAGCAACAAGAGGGGGAUACGCUGGAGCCCGGGGAAAAUAUAAUCGAGGGACAAGAGGCCAAUGACAAUGAUUACGAUGAAGAAGAGGAGGAGGAAGAAGAAGGCGAGGUGGACGAUGAUUACGAAUUUAAAAACGCUCAGCAAUAUACCCGUGCCAUGCUUGAUAUGAUCAUUAGUGUGAUUGGGGAAUUCUACGGACAGAGAGAUCUGCUUGAGUUUCGGGAUAUAUGGGAGGAAGACUUUGAUGUUGCGUGGUAGUUAGAUUUGCCCACGUUGAAAUUAACAAUAUUUUUCGCUGACAAGGGUGUAUACAAUGUAAGAUCAUCAGUCUAGUCUUAUAUUUUAACGAAUAUGGCCAUGCCAUAGUUCAUGCUGAUGGCUUGAGCUCAAGCAACGUUCCGAAGAGGGGUGGUGCUGCUGAUGAUUUGAAGCCUAAAUUUAUCUACGAAGGGAGUGAGGAAUGACGAAUAAGGGUAGCUGCGAAUAUUGAUGCCAAAGUAGCCCAAACCUAACGUCUCUAAAACGUCUCUAAAUAUGCAAGGCUAUCAUCAUAGUGGUAUCAAAGAAGCAGAAGAAAACAACGGGUAAUCAAUCGUGGUUACAGAACUGAGAAUGCUAGACAUCACAGAGCAAGGAUGUGAGCAAGACGAAUCGAGCGAAUACACCCAAACCACUCCGGCCAUAGACUCUAACUCCAGCCAAGGGGUCGCUCGUGCAUUCUUGAGCACUUGCGUCGUCAAAUCAUCUUGUACCCAUCCCUCGAUGCGAGCAGCUACAUCUCCCACUAGCCGAUCAUAUGCCGCGUUUCGAGAAACGAACAGGGACUGGUGAGCGGUAACUUCGUCUACUCCUUCCAUAUAAACCCGCACCCACAAUGGAUCCCGCUCACCAUCUGCUUCCCUUGGAGGGAGUGCACAGAAUUUCCGGUCUUUCUUGGGUUUGGAAGGAGUGCUUGGAUUGAUAUCAGGCGUGUUGCAGGCUGACUCAACCUCUUUGAUACCGUUUGGUAAGGCUCCGCUCGUUGGAGAUGAGUUGUAGUUGUAGUUAUGGUUGGUUGGAGAGGAUGUGGGAAAUAAGAUCUCUUUAUUUCUCUGCAACUGUUCCUUUUCCGCAGCUCGCUCCUGCUUGCUGGUGAGUUUUUUGUGAGCUUUCAUUUUCUUUUCCCUUUCUUUCACUGCCUUUUCAUACGUUUUCAUUUGGCGAGAGUGGUCUUUCUGCGCUUCCUUUAAGAGUGCCUUUGAACCGUACAGAGAAGGGUCGAACUCUGGCGGCUGGUUUGGCGGAGGCGGGAAGUCAGGAUAUGUAUCUUCCACUGGGGCCGUAUUGGUAUUUUCUGGCGGGCUGUGAGCUUGUUCUAUUACUAAUUGUGGAGUUUCUGGGCUGCCUUCUCCUUCAUUUCUUCCUUGCGAGAAGCCCAGUGAAUCUCCAGUCUUUUCCUCCGUUGGUCUUCGAGGAUCGACGGAUAAUGAUCUAACGUGGCCAGGCUCAGGGGAGGAUAUCGACCCCGGAGCCAUCGACCUGCCUUCCAGCCCGCUUGCAUUAGUUACACUGUCAUUGUUAUUUUCACUAGCGGGCGAUUUAAUUUUUCCUGUGGCAGCGGUAUAAUAGUUAACAAAUCUAAUACGGCGAAAUGGCCGGCCGCUGCCAUCCAGCUUUGGGUUGCACCCGUCAAUGUCUUCUAAUUCUCUCAGGCGCCUGUAUCGUCGCUUGAGACCAGGGUAGUCGGCGAUACACAAGCCAAACUCCACAUGCGAGGAAAUAUAUUUCCUAGUCGCA